GACGAGAGAUGUGUCUUCUGUUGCUAGAGGACUGAGCGAGCAGCUAGAGGAGGAAGGUCCGCUGUCUAUGGGAUCAGGACCUGUUAGCACUGAGCGUCCUCGUUGUUGCCACUGUAGCAGUACCCUUUUUUAUACAGGAGAUGAAGGUCGCAAAGUGUCCAGCAGAAGAGCUCUCUUUUACCAACUGUGUUAUUGUUAAUGAAAAAGAUUUCAGUCCUUCAGAUCAGUAUGUGAAGGUGAAGGGUGGCGAUGGAACACACAUCUAUACCAUCAUUCGGCACCAAGGAGUUCUGCCUGGCUAUGUGGGAUUCAAUGCUAUCCAGCGGAAACAUGCAUUGCUUUCAUUAGACCAAGAGAUUGCAGUUGAACCUUAUUAUCCAAGUCCUCACCGAGAUUUGAUUGGAACAUUGGUGCUGGAAAUGGACUUCUUACAGAAGAGGAAUAUGCAAGCUGAGACCUUCAACACUGAUCACUUGUCAAAAUGUGUCAUUGAACAGUUCAGCAGGCAGUGCUUCACUCUUGGGAUGCCAAUGGUUCUAAAGUUCCAGGAUAGAAAGGCUCUUUCUAUAAUUCCUAAGGAAUUGGAAGCUGCUGAUCCAGAGGCUUUAGUAUCUGGAAGAAAAACUGAACCUAGGAAGAUGAACUUUGGUGUCCUGCAGCCCAAUUCUACUGUGAUCUUUGAGAAGGCUCCCACCUCCAUUGUCAUACUGACAGGGAAAGCCAAGGCCCGAUCAUCACACACCAGUCUCUUCUCAGCUGACUGGGACUUCCAAAAGAUGGGUAUUGGUGGUUUAGAUGAGGAAUUUAUCCACAUCCUCAGAAGAGCUUUUGCCUCCAGAGUCUUUCCACCAGAAGUGACAGAACAGCUGGGUGUUAAUCAUGUCAAGGGUCUUCUGCUUUAUGGACCUCCAGGUACUGGGAAGACCUUAAUGGCCCGUCAGAUUGGAAAGAUGCUCAAUGCUCGGGAACCAAAGAUCAUCAAUGGUCCUGAGAUUCUAGACAAGUAUGUGGGAGAGUCUGAGGCCAAUGUGCGCCGCCUCUUUGCUGAGGCUGAAGAAGAGGAGAAGCGCAUGGGUCCCAAUUCUGGUCUUCACAUUAUCAUCUUUGAUGAGAUUGAUGCCAUCUGCAAACAGAGAGGUUCAGUUGCUGGCAACACUGGUGUCAAUGACACUGUGGUCAACCAGCUUUUGUCCAAAAUUGAUGGUGUGGAACAACUCAAUAACAUUCUAGUCAUUGGCAUGACCAACAGAAAGGACAUGAUAGAUGAGGCCCUGCUGAGGCCUGGCAGACUGGAGAUCCAAGUAGAGAUUGGUCUUCCUGACGAACAGGGACGAUUUGACAUUCUCAAGAUCAAAACUGCAAAGAUGAAAGAACACAACAAACUGGAUCGUGACGUUGAUCUUGCAGAGAUUGCCUCCCUGACCAAAAAUUUUUCAGGAGCGGAACUUGAGGGCCUUGUGAAGGCUUCAUCAUCCUCGGCCUUGAAGCGCUACAUUCAUCUAGGAAACAAAAUUGAGGUGGAUCCUAAUGCCAUUGACAAAUUGAAAGUUACUCGAUCGGACUUUAUCUACUCCCUUGAAAAUGAUUUAAAGCCUGCUUUUGGCACCAGUGAUGAAGAUCUGUCAAAAUUUAUUGAGAGAGGAAUCAUUAAUUGGGGAGCAACCAGAGAACUGGUGGAAAAGGGACUGAUGUUUGUAAAGCAAGCAAGGUCACCUGAAACUAGCAGUCGCCUCUGUAUUUUACUCGAAGGGGCACCAACUGCAGGUACUUCUGCAUUAGCAGCUUAUUUGUGCAAAAACUCCAACUUCCCUUUUGUAAAAGUCAUUAAUUCCCAAGAUAUGGUUGGUUUCAUGGAGGCUUCCAAAUGUUUAAGAAUUAAAAAAAUUUUUGAUGAUGCAUACCGCUCUGAACUAAGUUGCAUUUUCAUGAAUGACCUUGAACACUUGAUGGGAUAUUCACCUAUUGGCCCAAGGUACCAGUCCCUUGUUUUGGAUGCCAUGUACUCUCUUCUGUCGGCUUCUCCUCCUCCAGGCCGCAAAUUACUUGUCAUCUGCACUUCUAAACGACGCUCAGUACUGGAAGAACUGGGUCUCCUCUCAGCUUUUACAGCUGUCAUCAGGGUUCCUUAUAUUGCACAUGUGGGAGAUGUCAGACUUGUGCUGGAGGAGUCACAAGUAAUGAGCCCAGAUGAGAUUGCAGCUGUUGUAAAGGAAGUUGGACAAGGAAGAGUAUUUAUAGGUGUAAAGAAAUUGUUGGGACUGUUGGAUGCCUUGCGUGUGAUGAAGGGAGUACCUUCCAGCCAAAGAGUGGAUGCUUUUGUUAAUUUGCUGGAAGAUGAGGGUGUGCUGACUCGAAGAUUAUAGUCAUGAUCAAACGGUUUUUGCUUAGGAAAUACUAGAAAAGCGCAAUUUACAUGAAACUGCAUAAUGAGGAAUCAUGGAAAUUAUGAAAUUAAGUAAAUGCAAGUACAAUGUAUUUAUUGUUACAAAUCAAAGGAAUAAUGUCAAGUUUCAAAUACAAGAAAAAUAUGGUUCCUCAAUAUGCAAGCUAAUUAAGUCUUUCAUUCCAUUUUCUGUGUUUGCAGAAUUUAUAGUUUUAAAGUUCCCAGCUCUGUUUUUCAGUUCUCCACAUAUGAUAAUUAAAUUGCUUAUUGACACAGCAGUAUGUUCCAUCCUCCAAGAAUAAGUUUCCAAGAAUGCUUGUACACUCUUACAUUAGCAAAGCAGAAAUGAUAGAUUAUUUUGAUUAACAAGUUCAGGAAAGUAAGGCCAUGGGUGACAAUGUGGAAAUUUUUAUUAAAGAGUCAUGCUGACAGCAAGAUUAUUGCUCGCCUGCAUAUCUAAAAUCUUUUAUGUUAGUAUCAAUGUGCCCUCCCAAGUUUCUCCAGUUUAUCAGUUAUACUAUACUGAAACUGUUACUCCAAUGGCCUCAUUAUACUGAAAUUUGUUGCUCCACAUAUUUAUAGUAUACAGUGGUACCUCUAGAUAUGAGUUCAAUUGGUUCCAGCCUCUUACUCAUAACCUGAAGUUACUCGUAUCAUGAGUUAUUAAUUCCCAUUUAAAUUAACUGAAACCCCGUUAAUCUGUUCCAGCCAGCAGAACAAAAUACAAAAUACCCCCAAUUGACCUGAAAUAAAUAUGUAAUUAAAUUACAAAACAUACAUAAUUCAUUACUAAACAUAAGUGUAGAUAAUAAAUAAUAAUAACUGAAAUAUAAUGUUGUUUUGUGAGCGCUUACCAGAAGACAGACGACGGCAGACAACGCAGGUAGGCGGAGUAGGUGGAGGAUGAUCGAUGCCAGGGUAGUAGGCGGAGGAUGAGGGAUAAGUAGCAAGAACUUGAACAAACAAAAUUAAACUUAACACUAGAUUAACUGGAAAUUAAACUUAAUUUUAAUCUUUAUGUAGCUUAAAAUAAUUUUUCAUUUAACUUAAAUUUACUCAAACUAAAGAUCGCUUUUUUACAACUUACAUCAGAAUCAAACAAUGUAGCAUAAAGACUCAAAUUAUUUUUUUCUUAUUUUUCUAUUUUUUUUAUUUAUUUAUUUAUUUCAUUUUUUGAUUUUUUUUUUUUUUCACUUUUUUUUUGCUUCAACUUACAUAAACUAAUUUUCAUCAUUAUUUUUGGCCUUCUUAGGCACACUUUGAUUUCCACUUUCUCGAGGCCUCUUGCUGAAAAAAAUGAUCCUGUGAGGUUUGCCUCUGUCUACUUUUCAAAAUGUUUCUGAAAUGCGUGAGGCAUGUGUCAUUGUAUUGGGCAGCUGCACGGUUUGUGUGUACCUUUUCUGGGUGAUUUUUUUCCACAAAAUCAGUCACUUUCUGAUACACUGCCAAAACCUCUUUAAUUUCUGCAGUUGUAACCACAGGAGCCUCAUCCUCAACCUCAUCCUCACCACUGAACCCCUGACGAACUUCCACUUCUUGUAGGGCCUGAAGCUCCUGUAAUUCCUCGGUCGUCAGCCCCUGACUGUGCUCCUCAACAAGAUUGUUGAUGCCCCCCUCAUCAACCUCCAAACCCAUGGACUUUCCGAGUGCCACUAUCUUGUUCAACUCUGCCAUUUCAAAUCCCUCAAAAUCACGUUCAGAAACAGUGUCAGGCCACAAUUUCCUCCAGGAAAAGUUUAAGGUUCGACGAGUUACUCCCUGCCAAGCCAAGUCUAUGAUUUCCAAGCAAAUUACAAUGUUGUAAUGUUCCUUCCAAAAUUCACGCAGGGUUAGAUUGGUGUUUUCAGUAACUUUGAAACAUCGCUUGAAUAAAUGCUUUGUGUAUAAUUUCUUGAAGUUAGAAAUCACUUGCUGGUCUAUGGGCUGGAGGAUAGAGGUUGUGUUGGGGAGGAGGUAUAGAACCUUAAUGAACUUGAACUUGUCGAGAAUAUCAUCUUCUAGGCCAGGAGGAUGAGCAGGAGCAUUGUCUAGGAUAAGUAGACAUUUCAAAGGAAGAUUAUUCUCUUCCAAGUACUUUUUGACAGCUGGGCUGAAUACAAGGUUAACCCAUUCAACAAAAAAUUGAUGGGUAACCCAGGCUUUGACAUUAGCUCUCUACAUGACUUGGAGCUUCUCCUUUAGCACUUUGUUUGCCUUGAAUGCCCUUGGAUUUUCUAACUGGUAUACCAGCAGAGGUUUGAUUUUACAAUCUCCGCUGGCAUUGGCACAUAGAGCCAGUGUCAGUCUGUCCUUCAUGGGCUUGUGGCCUGGCAUUUUCUUUUCUUUGGCUGUGUUCAUAUGAAGGUCCUUUGUGGCAUUUUCUUCCAAAAGAGGCCAGUCUUGUCACAAUUAAAAACUUACUGUGAGACAUAGACUUCAGUGACAAUAAGUUUUGCAAAUUUUUUGCAGAACUCUUCAGCUGCCUUAGCAUCAGCACUAGAUGCCUCUCCAUGACGAACCACAGAGUGAACUCUGGUACGCUUACAAAAUUUUUCAAACCAACCUCAUGAAGCCAACUCUGGUACUGUUGGUGUGCUGGUGUGUUGGUGUGUUGGUGUGCUGGAGCUCUCCCAACCCCCCUUCUCUGCUCUAUUCUCAAAUCAGCAUAAAUGGCACAACACUUCUCACUAAUUAUGGGCUUAGUGACUGUAUCACCAGCGAUCUCUUUGUCUUUUAUCCACAUAAGCAAAAGCCUUUCCAUCUCUUCGUGGAUAUCUGUUCGUUUAGUAGAGAGGAUAGUCACUCCUUAGCAUGUUUUUUACUCUUAAUUAAAUCACUACUAUCUUUAGCACUUCCUUUCUUGGACCCCAUGGUUAAAUGCACAAAAAAAAGCAAAAAAAAGUAGCACAAAAUAUGAAAAAAACACAGAUAAAAGUCAGAGCAAAUGUUUAGCGGCCAUGAGUAAUGGUACAAUGUGCAGAUGUGUGGAUUGCUGCUUUGCUACUGAGCACUGAUGAUGGUGGGCACUGCUGCUGCUGCUGGCUGCUUGUAUUUUGGAAAAAUGCUCAUGUUAUGGGGCAUAAUUUUUCGCAAAUUUUUACUUGUGUCUUGGAAAACUCGUAUAUGGAUGCACUCGUAUGUAGAGGUACCACUGUACUAGUUUUCUUUGAAAAGUUUCUCUGCAAAAUGGAACAAGCUGAUUUGCCAAUUAGUAUUCUAACAUAUGAAGAGAACCAAAUAAAAGCUGGGUACUUUUAGAAAAAAAGUGAAUGAUGCAAUUAUAUAAAUGUUUGUACUUGCAGAUUGGUAGAAGAUUUUAGUCUGCAGUUUAGCAUUUGUAUAAGUCCUUCUCCAAAUGCAAAAGUGCCUGUAACCAAACUUAUUGAUUUUAUUGUUAAAAGAUUUAUGUUUUAUGAUCAUAUUUAAAACAUACAUUUUACUAUUCAUCUAUAUAUACUUCCUUAAGGGAGGUAGCCCAGGUAAGAUGAACUUUUAUUUCAGGGAUAGAAGUGCAGACAUAGCUCCUAGACCCUCUACCUGGAAACAUAUUUUUAAUAAUUAGUUAAACUGGAAAAGCAUGCUCAAUUAUGCAAAUCAUUGCAUAAUAUGUGAGAUUUACUGUAUUCACAGUAUGAUUCCAUUUCUAUUUAAUGUGCAGUACAAGUAAAAUAAUUUAUCCAC